GAUCUGUAGUCACUGGAUAUACUUUGAACGUAAAACAUAACCUAUUCAUUUAGUUGACGAAAGAACCAAAAUCAUUGAAAAUAUUUGUUAAAUAACAAGUAAAAAUGACAGAAUAUUUUGUAGAACCCGCUUUUAUAGUUGGAGAAAUAAACGAAGAUAUAAAUUUCAAUUUACCACCAGUGUCCGGUGAGGAAUACAUUAAAAGGGUGGUGAUAGAAGCACAACAAUGUGCUGACGUUGUGGUGGCCGACAUUGAUCAUAAACAGCUUAGAAAACCUACGAUUGAUGUCGAACCCUUAUCAGGAUGCGUGGAAGCACCACCGUGGCUUGGUCCUACCAUUGAUUGGCAGUUGUAUCAAGUGUCAGAAUUUUCCAAUGCAAGACUAUACAUAAGCCAGUUGAAAAAUGAUGUUCAGACGUUUAAGCAUAAAUGGAAACGACCAAAUAUCAAUUUGCCAGAUAUAGGCGAUGAAAAAGGUUGGAUCAAAUUCUGUUCAGGUUGUUACAAAGAGAAGAUAAAGACUGCUCCAACGUUAAGCGUGAUUUUUUGCUUGAAUCAACCGAUCGUAGAGAGAAUAUUGGAAUAUUUGGUGGAACACCUUGCGACCCAGAAAAAUAUAGAAUACCAAUUGGGUCAAUGGAUAUACGCGCUGUUAGUCAUAUUAGAAAUGCCAUUAACUCCGGACGUUUGUUCUUGUUUGCGUUCGUUAGCUAGAACAUGCUCGGUUAUGCGUGCAGAAUCGAAACAAUUGGAGGUACAUGAAAUAGGGGCGCUGAAUUUAUUUAUAUGCCUAGUCGCAAGAUAUUUUCGACAGCUCGACUUGGCCGAUCCUUGAUACUCCAUUUAUUAAAGUGCAAUUACAAUUAUACUUGGAUGUUUCAAUAAAAUUAAUCUUUUGAUA